GGAAAGGAGGGUUUAAGUGACCUUUCCACGGCAGGGGAUAAAUCAGAAUUAUGCUCGAUUUGGGUUAACUUGGUAAAACUUUAUUCGAUCUUAUUCGCUCGGCUCGCAACUCACAACUGUCCCAACUCGCUCGCGUCUCUCAGCCACACCACCCUCCACACACUCCUCACACAUUCUUCACACAUUCUUCACACAUUCGUCAAUCGUCCUAUCACGCCACCACCGCUACCGCCAACCGGACGCGUGGAGUCCCAACGGCUCGCGGCGGCCCUUGAUCAUCGACACCAUCCGCGGAACUCGAAACAUUGUUUAAACAAUGUCGAUUCCGCUCGGAUGGUUGCCGAUAAUCCGCUUCCGCUGACCUCCGCGGGUCCUCCACGCGCCGCCUGACGACACGUGGCCACACACAUCCUUACACUCAUGCAUCCUCACAUUCCCACAAUAUGAAAUUUUACAACAUGGAAACUCGUGAGAGCGAAAAAGUAUAUAACAUUUCAAACGAAUUAACACUUAGUGUCGCUUAAUUUACAUUGUAUCAGGUGUCCGAAUUUAUCCAUACAUAUACGUAGCCACGUCGUUUAAAGUAUCAGCGCAUUUACAGCUGUGACCAAUUAACGUGCACAAACUAAACGGAGGCAUUCAGUUUAGUGUCGUGCAGUCUGUUUAACAGGGUCUUGGAAAUCUCCGUUUUAUCGCCUUCGUAGAAUCCAAGAAAGCUUCGAUUGAACGUCAAUUCGUCUUAUUCGUGUUCAACUUUUUUAAAUUCUUAUCGUCUAUAAAAUGUAACUAAACCCUUCCUUGUAACUCGAAUCUUCUAUCACUUUCUAUUGUGCAUUUUGUAUUUAUAUAUUUUACAUAAUUUUUUCAUUUGCUGUUAAGUACGUGUCACGAGAAAACACAAUUACUACGAAAGCUAAUAAAUAGGAAUGCACAUGUAAGCUUCGUCGACAAGACGACACUGUUUUACAGUCGUUGGGUAAGAAGCAAUAAAAUCAUUCUUGGAAAGAAUGUCACACGAUCGUAAAAUGCUUCCAGCAACAAGUAUAAAGUUCAUAAACUGAUCAUAAUCUUAACUAGAAAUGCCGUCUGUCUCCAUACACAAAAAAUAAUACGUAUAAUUCCUAGCUUGCUGUACAUUUCAUAUGUACUUAAAUUCAUUCGUGUCAGUCGAUGACUACGAUAUUUCUUAAUUUUUCUUGACAAGCGUAGGCUGCUUACAGCAUUCCCGUGUUUCUUCCAUCGAGCGAGAGGAAGCUGCCGGAACAGAUUUAAUUCCCGUUCAUUAGAUUCAUUGCGAUUCGAGUUCGCGGUUCAAGGGAAACGAGGAAUUCCGCCGCGUCGCGUCGCGUUGGGGCCAGGCGGCAAGACCUUUGCUUUAAGAACCUCAGACCCCGAGUUUUAAACCGUAGAGGCGACUCACGAUCACCCCGGCUCGGCUCGGCUCGGCUUUGCGUGUCGGGCCUCGGAAUAAUGCGCUACCGCGGCAUCCUCGGUUUCUCGGUGAUCGCACAUAAAGCUGCCAUUAUUAGAACUUCAGUGGGCGGCGAGCGGCUGGUGCUUUUUCCAGCCUCGCGUUCACUCGUACGUUUACCCGCCGCACGUUACUCGCGCGCGUGCCGUGCUCCAUGUGGCCGCCAGUUGCAAUGCUAUGCUGCCUCCCGGUGUUCGGUAGCUACCGAUUUUCGUCGUACGACACGCUUAGAAAAAACACUGUUCCCACAAUUAUUAAUGAUCCAGUGAGUUUGCAUGACGCGACGGAUGGAAACCCGUGCGAGUCUCGCGUGCAAUGACGCGCGAAGAGGCGUACGAUUGUCGCGAGCAUCGUUAUCGCUUGCUCCAAUUUUGUCACGCGUCGUGCAUUCGCGGUUCCGUCACUGACGGUGAAUCGUUAAUUGCCGCGAGUCGCGGGUCCACGCGAAUCGAGUCCCAGGUUCAGUGAGAUAAGCUUGUGAGUUCGAAACGACCGAAAACCUCAGUGAAAUUAGUUCGCAUUAUAAUAUUAACAAUAGUACCUUCGUUUAGUGUAGGUAAAUAAUUAAGAAGCAGGGAAGAUGGUUAGUUUAAAGAAUAUCGUGGCUCCCACGCGAAUUUCGUAUCGCGACUCGAUUACGCGCGCAGCAAAGUGACCGAGGCGAACUCGUUUCCAGCAAACAUGAAAUUAGAACAUUGAAUCCACGAAUCUGGCUCCGGUAAUUGCAUCGGCGGUCGAGCAUGCUCGCCGAGUUUCGAACUGCGACACGGGGGACCAGGCUGCAACCGGGAAAAUAACUGCUAAAUUGAAAUUUAAUCGGCAAAGCACAAAACGAAUAAGUGGCAUGGCGCGGUGCCGUUUUAAACUGGCCGGUUUUCUGUUAACCACGUGGUUGUUCUUUACAAUCGCUCACGAAUCGAGAACGCGCGAAUUUCUGCAGAGCUUGCAGGAAUACGAGAUCGUUUAUCCUCGAGUGGUUUCGAAUGCCGGCCAGCGUCACAGAAGAUCCAAGGAAACUUCCGAGGAACCGAUGCUUCUUGAGAUUAGUAACUGGACUUUGAGGACGACCGCGAAUAAUCGGUUCUUAUUGUCCUCCGAUUUCACCGUCGACUGGAUCCGCUCUACUGACGCGGAUUCAAAAAGAUAUGACUAUAGUAUUAUGGAUUGCGACCUACGACAAGGCAGCUUAGAGGGUGACGCCGGCUCGUCCGCCGUCGUGACGCUCUGCGACGGGGAAGUGUACGCUCUGAUGUUGACGGAUCAGAGAUCGUUUCUCGUUCAACCACUGAUGAAUGGUCAGCACGUGAUGUUCCCAUCGAGAAACGCAAGCUGGUGGUUGAGAAAUUCGAAUAUUUUCGCCCCAGACUGGAAGAAGUCGAAUAAAAACGAGAAAAAUAAGAAAUGGACACGAAGAAAACGCGAUUCUCCGAUUUCUCACGAGGUCCAGGAAUUCUAUAAUCUUUCCGGUGACGUCUUUGACGUGGAAUACCCGGAAGCUGAGAAACUGAUCCUUUACGAUAACAGGGACGACGCUUCUACCGAAUACAACGAUACUAUAAUGGAAGAAUUGACAAUUGAUGUAGAUUCCGAGGAGAUUGGAUACUUCUCCGGGCCUAAGUGGCAAAGGAACAAGAUUCCAAGGAGAAAACUGGGCAUUAAGGAAUCUCCAAUGCGAUGGUUGGAACUCGGAAUAGCUGCUGAUUACUCUGUGAUAGAUUUCCACGGGCUUCGGGUACAACAAUAUAUUCUAGCACUUUUAAAUAUAGUUAGUGCAAUCUAUAUGGACCCAUCCAUCGAGUCGAACAUGAUUCUGGUUAUCGUACGAAUGAUUUUAUACGCAGAAAAAAGAGACGGUAUGGUUCGACGUGGAGAUGCUCGAAGGUCUCUCGAAAACGUGAACAGAUGGAACAAAAAAAUGCUUUCGUCGGCGGACGUGAAUUACGACGUAGCCGUGUGGCUGACGCGUUUAGAUAUAGGGGGUCCCUCCGGCUACGCGCCUGUUUCAGGAGCUUGCGACCCAGCGAGAUCCUGCGCCUUAAAUCGAGACGAGGGGUUGACCAGCGCUUUCAUAAUCGCGCACGAAGUCGCACACAUUCUAGGUCUGACGCACGACGGUGACGAGACGACCGGAAACACUUGCAAGGAAGAGGGAUCUCGAGGGAGCGUGAUGGCUCCAAUGGUCGCCGCGACCUUCCAUCAUUUCUACUGGUCAGCCUGCUCUAAGAAGGAGUUCCAUCGAAAAGUCAGGCAGUGGUCGUGUCUUUUGAAUAAACCCCGGCACGAUGGAGUCGCUCAAACAAAAACCAUCAUUCGCAAUACGUUUUCGAUGGAUGAGCAAUGCCGUAUGGAAUUUGGCGAAGGAUUUGAGCAUUGUAAAGCGUUCAGUGUCGCGGAACCCUGUUCCCGUUUGUGGUGUGGUAACAGCAACAUCUCUCAAACGUGUAAAACUAAGAAGGGUCCACCUUUAGAAGGUACUUUGUGCGGUAUCUCUAAGUGGUGCAUAAACGGUCGAUGUCAAUCGUCGAAUAGAAAAAAUUUUGAUUUCGGCGUGGUGCUACACAAGCCUAGAGAUGGAGGAUGGAGCAGGUGGAGUACUUGGGAAAAAUGUUCGCGGACAUGCGGAGUAGGUGUGCAAUGUCGAACGCGAAGAUGUAACAAGCCUGCACCUGGCUACGGGGGGAAAUAUUGUUCGGGCCCGAGCGACGAUUGCCGGGUGUGCAGUUUACCAAAGUGUUUAACGACCGCCGAUUUGAGAGCUCAACAAUGUUCGAAACUCGGCAAUAAUUUGUAUCUGGAAAGAGUUCCGUCGAAGAGAAACGUGACCUGGUUACCGUACGUGUCCGAUCGGGAGAACUUGAAAUGUCGACUGGUCUGCAGAAGCAAAGAGACGGGCGAGAUAUUUCACAGCAGGAAACAUUUGAUCGAUGGCACGCCGUGCUCCUAUGGCUCGACCGAUAUAUGUAUACAGGGCGAAUGCCACCAAAUGGGGUGCGACAACGUUCUGGGAUCGGGAAAGGCGUAUGACGCGUGCGGAAUAUGCGACGGUGAUAAUUCGAGCUGCGAGAACGUCGUCAGCAAGUUUCAACGGAAGCUGCGACGAGAAGUAACACGCGUGGCCGUAAUACCGUACGGUGCUCAUAACUUAUUCAUGAACGUCACGAUACUGGCUUCCCCAUUUUUCCAUCAGGAUAAUUUAACGAUCGUGAUAGGGGACGGCAGGAGAAGACGAAACGUGCAGGAGAAUUCAGUUUCGCGUAAGCGGGAUUUAACGAUCGUUCAAGGAGCUGCGUUCCGAGUACGAAGUAUCGAUAACAACACGCUCGCCAUAAAUGCAGCUGGCUCCGCGUUUGAGGAUUUAGUGAUCCUGCUGAUGGUGCCGGAGAACGCAAUACAGCAAGAAAUAUCGGUCACAGUUUCUUUACGGUAUUUUAUAAAUCCCAAUGGGAGGAAGAUCAAGGAUAGAUAUGUAUGGUUAUUCGGCGGUUGGAGCUUUUGUUCGGCCAGCUGUGACGGUGGGACGCGUCAGAAAAUGAUUGUCUGCAAAGACGAGAAAACUGGUAGACUAGUAUCGAGAAGAAAGUGUCCGCUGGCGGGUAAACCGAGCCAGGAGAUUGAAGAAUGCAACAUGUUUAGCUGUUCGUUCAAAUGGUUGCCUGGUCCGUGGGAAGCGUGUUCUGCCACGUGCGGGAGAUUCGGUACGCAAGUACGACAGUUAUACUGCAUCCAUUCGGGUUUCAAUGGGACGGAAGUGAAUAGAGACAAUGAAUUAGAAGUGUUUCGGACGAUGGUACAAUCGUCUAUAUGUCACAGGAGUCUCAGGCCUAGUAGUACUAGAGAAUGUAACAGGAUCCCUUGUCCUGGACGUUGGAUUUUUACAGACUGGUCAUCCUGCUCAAAGAACAAUGGCAAAGGUAUGCAAUCCCGAAUAGCUCGCUGCAUUCCACCAGAGAACGAACCAUUCUACAGCUGUGACGGACCGAUCGCAAAAACGGAGGUGCGUUCUUGCAACGGACAUGCAACCAGGGCCAUCGAAUUUUCAUCCCGUUGCUGGGGGGACAAGAAUCGAUUCUGCUCUAUACCGAGCUUACAGCGCUAUUGUAACGUGACAGCAUUCAGGAAAAGGUGUUGCCGCUCUUGCGAGAGAAACGAAUCAUCCGAUUUGUUAGACUCCUACGACAGGAAACAUCGUAUGUUACGGACGUAAAUUAUAUUUGUGAUAAAUAUUAAAUUACAAUUACAUCUUAUGUUAUUAUUUGUAAUAAAUUGAACCAUUGAGAAGAGAGAUUGUCUGCAGUCUCGUUAACGGA